AUGGUGAAAAAGCCGAACGGGAAAUGGAGGAUGUGCACAGACUUCACCGACCUAAACAAAGCAUGUCCAAAAGACACGUACCCCCUCCCAAGCAUAGACGGAUUGGUGGAUGGAGUCUCAGGGUAUGAAAUUUUGAGUUUUUUGGAUGCUUAUUCGGGAUACAAUCAGAUCCCAAUGUACCAGCCAGAUCGAGAAAAAACAGCUUUCAUAACAGAACGGUCAAAUUACUGCUAUGAGGUGAUGCCGUUCGGACUGAAGAACGCAGGGGCAACUUAUCAAAGGCUAAUGGAUAAGGUGUUCCAGAACCAAAUAGGAAAAUGUAUGGAGGUAUAUGUUGAUGACAUGGUGGUAAGGAGCCGGUCGGUGGAGGAGCACCUUCGAGACCUUGAAGAAGUUCUCAACCAGGUGCGAAAGUUCGGCAUGAGACUAAAUCCUCUUAAGUGCACGUUCGGUGUUGCAGCGGGCAAGUUUUUGGGUUUCAUGCUAACCACGCAUGGUAUUGAAGCAAAUCCAGAAAAAUGUCGAGCCAUUUUGGAAAUGAGAAGCCCUAGUAACUUGAAGGAGGUGCAGAGGUUGGUGGGCCGGUUGACGUCCCUAUCCAGGUUCAUACCCAAAUUGGCCGACCGCAUCCAACCAAUUCUGAAGAUAAUGAAAAAGCAGGCUCAGGGUGAAUGGAACGAACGGUGUGAGGCUGCAUUUGCUGAGGUAAAGUAUAUACUUACUAAUCCCCCGGUCAUGAGACGCCCCGAUUACGGUCAUCACUUGCAUUUAUUUCUGGCGGUCGGGGAGGAGGCUGUUAGUGCAACUCUAGUCCAGGAAACUCCAGAGUUUCGACUGGUAUACUUUAUUAGCAGGGUGUUAAAGGAGCCGGAAACGAGAUACCAGCAACUAGAAAAGGUAGUUCUGGCAUUAAUAAUCGCCACCAGAAGACUUCGCCCAUACCUACAGGGGAACCAGGUGGUGGUUCGCACCGAUUAUCCUAUCUCCAAGAUUUUACGCAAACCUGACCUGGCGGGUAGGAUGAUCGGUUGGUCCAUUGAACUCUCUGAGUUUGGACUAAGGUACGAACCAAGAGGUUCGGUGAAGGCGCAACAUCUGGCAGAUUUUGCAGCCGAGCUACUCGGAACGGACACAGAUCAUCAGUCAUGGGUUCUAUCUGUAGACGGGUCGUCCGGCCAACGAGGAGGAGGAGCUGGUGUAGUUUUGGAGGGACCGAACGGAGUCGUCAUCGAGCAAGCUUUAAUCUUUCGAUUUAAAGUUAGUAACAAUCAAGCUGAGUAUGAGGCCUUGAUUGCAGGGUUAGAAUUGGCACGCGACUUAGGAGUUAAAGUACUACACUGCAAGACGGAUUCUCAGUUGGUGGAGGGACACAUGAACGACACGUUUCAGAUCAAAGGCAAUCAGCUACUCAUGUACUUCCAUAAAGCUAAACAGCUUGCGUCGUAUUUUGACUCAGUAGCAGUACAACAUAUACCAAGAAGUGAGAAUCACAGAGCCGACAGGCUGUCCAAGCUGACGACCGGGAAAGAAAAGGGUCAGUUGUCAUCCUUAGUCAGGCAGGUAAUUUUCAAGCCUGCAGUUGAUUGUUUACAUAUAUCCUGCAUGGCCGAACGAGACGAUUGGCGAAGAGAGAUUACUCUGCUGAUAAGACGGCAAGAGGAGGGGAUAGCCCUUCGGGCAGAAGAAGCAAAACAAAUCGCGAGGUAUGUUAUUGUCGGCGAAGAGCUGUACCGAAGGGGAUAUGUCACCCCAAUGUUAAAAUGUUUAUCCAAGGAAGAAUCUGAUUAUGUUAUGCGGGAAUUGCAUGAGGGGAUUUGUGAUAGACAUGGUGGCGGACGGUCGUUAAGGGCCAGAGCUUUGAGGGCAGGAUUCUAUUGGCCGACAAUGGAAAAAGAUUGUCAGGCCUUUGUCGUUAAGUGUUUAGCCUGUCAGAAGCACGGGAAUAUCAUUCAUAGACCAGCAACGGCACUUUCGGGCAUAAUAUCACCAUGGCCUUUUACUCAAUGGGGAAUGGAUAUAGUGGGGCCUUUCCCAACCGGUCGUUCCCAAUUAAAGUUCCUCCUAGUGGCAGUUGAUUAUUUUACUAAGUGGGUGGAAGCUAAACCCUUAGCUAAAAUAUCAGCAUCUCAGGUACAAAAGUUUGUUUGGAGACUAAUCUGUAGGUUCGGUUUGCCAAAAUACAUUAUUACUGAUAACGGCCGGCAAUUCAUCGACAAAAAAUUGGUGGCUUUCUAUAAGGAGUUAGGAAUCACACCUCUAACCAGCUCGGUAGAACAUCCCCAAACGAACGGUCAAGCCGAAGCUAUGAAUAAGGUUAUUAUUCAAGAAUUGAAGAAAAAGCUAGGAGAAGCCAAAGGAGCGUGGGCGGACGAGUUGCAACAAGUACUCUGGGGAUACCGAUGCUCCCCGCAUAGCGCCACUGGAGAGUCACCAUUUAACCUUACUUAUGGAUCGGAUGCAAUGUUACCGGUCGAGGUCGGAGAGAAUACAUUACGAAGAAAUAUUGCUAACAUGGAAGAAAAUGAUGGACACCUUAGAAGCAAUCUCGACAUUCUCCCCGAGCGGCGGGAUAUGGCGGCUGUUCAACUCGAAGCUCACAAGAGACUCAUUACCCGACGCUACAACACCAAGGUUAAGCCUAGGCAAUUUGUAGAGGGAGAUUUGGUAUGGAGACGAAUGGGAAAGGCCAGGAAAGACCCUGCACAUAGGAAACUAUCCGCCAAUUGGGAAGGCCCCUUCAAAAUAAAGGAAAGCUUGCACAACGGAGCCUACCGAUUGGAAACCUUAAGUGGCAAAGCUGUUCCCAAUACAUGGAACAUUUCCCAUUUGAAAUUUUAUUUUAGUUAA